AGCCUCCAGAUGCGUAUCUUCUGUGUAAAGACAUGAUGUUUGUUGCAGUAAAUAUAAUCCCAGCUUUCUCUCGCUCAAGAAAAGAAAAAACAAGAAACGCAACAUCAAAGAGUUAAGACCGCGGCGGCUUCACAGGAAGCUACGUAUCGUCAGACAGACAGCGCCCAAAUUUGCAGAUCUCUCGGCGGCUCCGCAACGAGCAACCGGCGCUAGCUGCUCCCCUUCCCUCCCGCGUGCCGACGGAAGCUGUAGGCACCAUGUCGAUGUUCCCAGGGAUGGAUCUUACUAAAAUGGAUGCUCCAACUCUUACCCUCCUUGGAGCAGCUUGUUGUGUAAUGUUAUCUAUGCAUUUCACAGUGCAGCUGGUAUCACAACAUCUUUUCUACUGGAAAAAUGCCAAAGAGCAGAAGGCCAUACUCAUUAUUGUGCUAAUGCCUCCACUGUAUGCCAUAACUUCCUUUGUUGGUCUUCUGGAUAUUAAGGGAAGCAAAGCGUUUUUUACAUGCUUGGAGUCUGUUAAAGAAUGCUAUGAGGCACUGGUUAUUGCUAAGUUUCUGGCAUUGAUGUACAGCUACUUAAAUAUAUCUAUUAGCAAAAAUAUUGUACCUGAUGAAAUCAAAGGGAGGGUGCUUCAUCAUUCUUUCCCUGUUUCUCUUUUCCUGCCCCGCAAUGUUCGGCUGGAGCACAAGACAUUAAAGCUUCUGAAGUACUGGACCUGGCAAUUUGUUGUUGUUAGGCCUGUAUGCUCCAUUCUGAUUAUUGCACUUCAGCUUCUUGGGCUGUACCCCAGCUGGGUCAGCUGGACGUUCACAAUUAUACUGAACUUUUCAGUCUCCAUGGCAUUAUAUGCCUUGGUCAUAUUCUAUCACUUGUUUGCUAAGGAGUUGGCACCUCACAAGCCUCUUGCGAAGUUCUUGUGCAUCAAAGGGAUUGUCUUCUUCUCUUUCUGGCAGGGCUGUGCACUGGAUAUUUUGGCUGCUGCAGGGGUGAUUCAGUCUCACCAUUUCUGGCUGGACGUGGAGCACAUCCAGGAGGCAAUCCAGAAUAUCUUGAUUAUCCUGGAAAUGGUCAUCUUCUCAGUCCUCCAGCAAUAUGCGUACCACGUCGCUCCGUACAGCGGCGCUGACAAGGCGAGAUCCGUGAAGAAGAACGAAUGAUCCAGGGCUUCGUGCCAAGCAACGUCUUCCGCUGGCUCUUGUAUGAUUUUGUGUGUAUGUGCUGGGAGUAUUGAUUCAAAGAUGUUAUAGGACGUGUAUUUCCUUGUGGACACGUGUAGAGUCGUCGUUAUACCUUGAACAUUAGAAAAACGAGAUGAUCAGGAACAAGAUAUAGGAAUGCUACUGUUGUUACCGUGCUGUGAGACUAUGUAAUGCCCGAAUAAGGAGAAUUUUGGGGGUUUCCUGCCCCGAAUUGCGCCCAGAAUAAAUGGUGGUUUACUGUCGCCAA